CUGAGCCACUUGAAAGUCCGCCCGGGCCGGCCCGAGCCAAGCUGAGUGCUGCGGCCCACAUCUGGGCAGCGGGUCAGUGUGAUGGGGGUGGACGAGGCUUACCAAAGGAUGGGCGGGGUCGGCAGGUACCAAGUGUACCUCAUCGUCUUAUUGAACUUGCUGCAGGUUUUUGUUGCUGCCCAGGCAGUCUUCAUGACUAUAGCUGGAGCAAGGGUACCUUAUCACUGGGACUUUGGAAAUAUUUCACCAGAUUCAAGCCACGAUAACAUUUCAGUCAGUCAGAAUGAGGCAUUUAAGCACUGGCUUCAUAUGGUGAACAAGUCUGAGAUUCAAAGGCAUGUGCAUUUUGAUACUGGUUCCUCAUCAGUUAUCAGAGAGUGGUUCCUCAUUGGAGAUGCUUCAUACAAAAUUUUUUUGGCCAGUUCAGUAUAUUUCUUUGGUGUCUUGGUUGGUGUAAUCAUUUUUGGACAACUUUCUGAUCGAUUUGGAAGGAAGAAAGUUUACUUAACAGGUCUUUUUCUAGAUAUAAUACUUGGAAUUGUAAGUGGACUCACUCCUACCUAUGACAUCUUUGCGGUAUCCCGUUUUGGUGUUGGUGUGAUGAAUGGAGGAAUGUCAUUGGUGUCCUUUGUACUACUCCAGGAAUAUGUGGCUGUUUCGUAUUGGGCACUAACUGGGUCACUACAGAGUCUUUCAUUUGCUGCCGGAAUUUCUCUCUAUGCCCUGCUUGGAUACUUUAUUCGACCAUGGCGGAUUUUGGCCAUUGUGAUCAAUAUUGAGGGCAUACUCAUUCUGCUCCCAUCUUUAUGUAUCCCAGAAUCUCCACAUUGGCUGUACACUCAAGGGCGAUGGAAUGAAGCAAAGAAUAUACUUGACAACUUUGCAAAGAAAAAUGGUCAGCAGAAUUAUUCAGUGUUUCUGAAGCCACCAACUGGAGAAAUUGAUGAUGAGUCCAGUAAUAUGUUUGAUCUUUUCCGGGAUCGAGUUCUCUUGUGGCGGACAUUAAUAAUGAUUUAUGUUUGGUUUAUAUGCAGUCUUGUAUAUUAUGGUCUGACUCUAAAUGCCAGUGACAUGGGUGGUAAUCAAUAUCUAAAUGUAGCACUUUCGGGAAUAGCUGAGUUGCCUUCAUAUCCUCUCUGUUUCUUUCUGUUGAACCGCUCUUGGUCAGGCCGUAGACGGACAUUAGCAGGAUUCCUUCUGUUGGGAGGUGCCACUUGUCUUGUUAUAAUUUUGUUGCCAGAAAAGAAAGGCAUUGGAAUAUAUUCUGUUAUCAACAGUCAAGCAUUUUCUAUAUUGGGUAAACUUUCAAUAAGCGCUGCAUUUAAUGUGGUCUACAUUUACAGCUCUGAGCUCUAUCCCACAUCUGUCAGGAAUGUUGGGCUAGGCAUUUGUUCAAUGUCUGCCAGACUGGGAGGAAUCCUUGCACCUUUUCUUCCAUCACUGAAAUCCAUUCAGGCAUCAUUGCAUUUUGUUGUGUUUGGAGCCACUGGACUGCUAGCAGGCAUCCUCAGUUUGUUGCUGCCUGAAACAUUGGACAAAUCUCUUCCAGAAAAGAUCUCUGAUCUGCACCUUGUCACAUAUCGCCAGCUUGGGGAAGAAGUAGUCCCACUGCAGUCACAGGAAAAUAUAAUGGCAAGUGAUGGGAAUCAUGCAGGAGACCAUAAUGGUGAGAAUGAAGAGGAUGGUGAUACUGAUGAAGAGACCAAAUUGAUCAAGUGAUAUUCAAAGAUUAUUUUACAAAUCAAAUUGCAAUUUAAUGACAAUUCAUUAUCAGCACUUUACGUACAUGUUUUUCAAUUUAUUUAGAGUCAUCAAUGCGUAGUUUAUUUCUUGCAAUGUGCAGUAGUAACUGGGAUGUUACAGGCAGUGUCACAUUCAAGGUAUUUGCAAACUGUGACCUGUCAAUAUUACAAAUAUUUCUGAUGGUGCAAUAUUUCGAGUAUUCUACUAUCAACUUUGACAUGUGAAUUUAA